GAGACUCGCAGGGACGGAUAUUCAAUAUGGUUCCUAUGAGGUUGUUACUGCUGUUCGCAAUACCACUAAUUGGUAUUUUUCUGCAAAAAUCAUCCAGCAAGAGCAUUGACGAAAGUAAUCAUCAUCUCGAAAGUUCCUCAGACCUCGAGGGGAACCAUAUGCUGAUUCGAACCAGGCGAGAUAUAGACAGUGCAAUUGCAGAUAUGACAGAAUCUGAACGUGCAGUGGGCGAUUCAGAGCUAUCAAAUGAGGAUGAAAUAAAAAAACGUUUGGUUCGACGUAAACGAAAACGCCGCCAAAGGAUCUUCGGUGUGAGACGUGUUCUGAAGGGAGUACGAAAAGGUUUAGAUAUAGCAGAUUCUCUCACAAAUCUGAUCGGGAUCCGAGACACUGAUGAGAACAACGAAGACAAUGCGUGAGGAUGAUUAUUAGGACGAAGAGGCCUAAAAUACAUGCACAGUAAAUUAAGUAAAAAAUAAAAAAGGUAGAUUACUUU